GCUAGUACUCAUGCAUUGCUGUUUGGUCCUGGAUAUUAAAAGUGCAUGAUUUAUGUUAGUGUGUGGUCAGUAGGUGUAGUUCCCUAGCAGUUCCUGGCUAGGCUGAGACACUUCUUUGAUCAGUGACAAUGGCUUUGGGGUUUUUGUUGGGAGUAUUGGUACUCCUAUCUGUGUGGCCAAGAGUAAGUUGUGCUGAUGUUCUAGGAGUGGCUGUGGAGACUGAAUGUCGGGAUAGAUACCUAUUGGUAACAACCCGCCUAAUUGCUGAGAAUGAACCACGCUUUGAAGCUGUUGAUGCCGAUGGUGUUCAUGCUAUUACAGAGCUGUAUGGUUCAGAGUGUGGCUACAUGUUCAGUAUCCUCCCCCUGCAUGGCCAUGCUGAGCUUCGAGCCUCUUACUACUCCUGUCACACUGACAACCAGGGUGAUGAGGUGUUUGUUUUUAGUUUCAACUUGAUCGCAGCUGAUGAGACUGGUGAGGAGAUGACCUACAGAAUAAAUGAGACCUGCUACCUCCCUCUGCCCUGGUCCCCCAGAGAAAUCCGCUGUGAGGAGAACUACAUGGAGGUGUCGGUGAGGAAUGACAUGUCCUGUGUGUUCAGUAAAACGGAGGACUACUGGAUGGCUGCCCAACUUACGGCCCACCGUGUUGCCACUCCUGCCUGGCAGGUGAUGUUCCAGAAGGAGGGGGAGCAGCAGUUCAGUCCCAUGUCCAUCCCCGAGGCCCGGGUUCUGGGCUAUGUGUUCCACCUCACCCAAGGGAGGCUGGUGUUCCGCUCGCCUUACAGACAACCACACUCGUCUCUCGUCAUGGUGAAUGGCACCAGGGUGGAGCAGGUCCAUCCAAUACUGUUCUCCAGGCAGCGAUGGGUGGUCAUGAUGGUGGAUUUGGUCGUUGCUUGCAGUACUAAUGAUGGAGUCUUUGACGGUGUGGAUCUGAUCUGGGAGACUCCCACUCUACUGUCCUCUCUGGCUUCUGGACUGGCUGGGCUGGACAGCAUGCAGGUCAGCAUGGGGGUGGAUGGCCAGCUCCUGGACAAGGCGACCGCAGCAGGCCGUGGCUACAGCCUGGAGAUCAGUGACGACACCAUCCGUCUCAGCAUCCCCUUUAACGCAGAGGGAGGAUACAGACAUAGCUUUGUGAUGAACAACACGUACCAUGAGGUCUACAUACUCCAUCUCUAUUUUGAACAACUCCUGGUGGAUGAGGGUGGUGUGGAGACCAGAAUCCGCUUCCACAGACCCAUGAGUACACCCCUUCUAUGGCAGGACCCCUCGGUCAUAAACCAGACGGACCUGGCAGAGCGUGUCUUCACGGUGUACCUGGGGAACCUCACAGACAUGGUCAACCUCGUGGCUGUGAAGCUUAACGGCCAUGCCUUCACCGUGCAGGAGGCUAAUGAGAGCAACUACAACAUAACAGCGGUCCACCAGUUGAACAGCACCCUGCACGGCUACAUUCUCAGAGUGCCGUUUGAAGACGUCAUUGUCCACAAACUCUACUCUACAGAGGGGCUCUUCCUCUACAUGUUGUACAUCAACUUCACAUUGGCUGUCCUGCCCCAGGGGGAGCCCUUCUACCACCUGACAUCAAUAGUUGCUCACUUCCAUGAUGUCUUUGCUCCAGUAUUCAGUGCGGUCUGCAACUCCAGGAACAUAAGUUUCCAGAUGGACCACCAGCCAUUUGACUACCUGUGGGAGGCGGCUAUUGGUCCUUACCUUCUGACCCCGAGUCUGGCAUCCAAGCGUGGCUAUGUAAUGCAAAACGAUAGCAAUAGUCUGACCCUGGAAGUGCCCCUUUUCACUGUUGGAUACACCUAUGAGGAUAUCCAUUUGGAGCAGUUUUCUGGCACAUUUGAAAUCCUCUCAAGAUUUUCCAGGACCUUGGAAGUGGCACGAUCAUUGUCGAUGCGCUGUGUCUUCCAAACUACUGAGCUCAUAGUAUGUUCCACCAAAGGAGUGAUGACCGUAGUGAAAGAUGUAACACUGGUUAUACCGGAAGCAGAACCCAGCAGGACCUCUCUUGCAAAUCGCACGUGCAGGCCCCAAGAGACUGAUGACACCAGGGUUCUCUUUAACUUUGGUCUUGACACCUGUGGAACCAGAGUCAUGGUUGACUACCCACAUGUAGCCUAUGAAAACGAGAUCCUUAUUGAGCAGGUGUCUGACUCCGAGGCACCAGUAAAAACCAGUCCCUUAGUUGUGACGGUGCGAUGUGUGUAUCCCCUGAGUGGGCUACACAAGCUGUUUGCCUAUCGGAGGUUUGAAGCAGACUCCCCUGGAGUUGGCACCAUGAUGGUGACUGAAGUUCCAGAGAAAAGUCCACCUACGUUGUCUCUGCCCACCACUGUCAAGCCUACAAUUAGUGCUACCCGCUCUCUGUCCACUUCUCACAAACGCCCCAGAAGACCACUCUUCAGUAAGAUUGAUCGCUAUGUCAACAACCCCCAUACAAGAUUAACACCUUGGAGGAAUCUGCCUGCCAUCCAACCUACAGCUGAAUAUGUCAGACUUUUCAGCUGGCAAAUGAACAAUUCAAAGGAACCAACUACACCCAGACUGUAGUUGAUCUAGAAAAUAGUAUAAGAUGUUCUUCUCAGAUGUUCCACUUCUAUUGUAUUACCAGAGUCUCCACAAUAAUUAAUGAAGCCACUGAAUUGCGUAAAUGCUGUUAGGCUAUUUUAAAUGUCUGUUAAUAAAAGUCUUACCCAUCACAGCAAGGUA